AUGUAUGUUGACCAUAUAACAUUACAAGACCUCAUAAAAUAUCAAGGUGUCAAAUGUGAAGUGUUGCAAGGAUACUAUUACGAUGGAAACAGAGAUAUUAGAAUAAGAGAUGAAGUAAAGAAGUUGUUUGAGUUAAGGUUAAAGUAUAAGAAAGAAGGAAAUCCUUUGCAAGAAAAUAUAAAGCUCAUUCUGAACAGUAUUUAUGGCAAAACUAUUCUAUCUCCUAUUGAGUCAAAAAUAACCAUAGUAAAUGACAAAGAUGCUAUAAGAUAUGCCAUCAGAAACUACAACCAUAUAGUGAAGUUCGAAGGUUUGGAUGGUUCAGAUAAAACUAUUUUCAAGCUAACGAAAAGCAUUUGCAGACACUUUAACUUCUGUCCACUUGGUGUUAAUAUUCUAUCUAUGUCAAAACGUAUUAUGAAUGAAGUAUUCUGUACUGCAGAAGAUAUGGGCCUUCAAAUAUUUUACCAGGACUGUGAUAGCAUGCAUAUUUUCAAUGAAGACAUACCAAAGCUUGCAGCCGAGUUUGAGAAACGUUAUGGAAGAGUUCUCAUUGGUAAAAAUCUUGGUCAAUUUCAUAGCGACUUUGCAGAAAUCACAAAAGAUAAACAAAGUUUAGCAUACAAGUCAAUAUUUUGUGGAAAGAAGACCUACAUAGACUUACUCACUAACGAUUUAAAUGAAGUUGCAUUCCAUGCACGUUGCAAAGGUGUCAAACAAGACGUCCUUGCUUUAACAGCAAAUGAAAUGUUUCCUGAAGCUAUACAAUGCUAUUACAAUGAAGAUAAGAACAUUCACAUACCUGUUGGAACAUAUGACAAA